AUGGGCACUGGAACGGAGCUGGCAGAGGCACAAUGCAAUGUGCCAGAGGGGAGAGUCUACCUGGACCACAACGCCACGACCCCCUUGGCCCCUGAGGUGGCCCAGGCCGUUUGGGAUGCCAUGCACCAUGCCUGGGGCAACCCUAGCAGCUCCCACCCUGCAGGCAGGAAUGCCAAGGAGCUCAUUGGUAGAGCCCGGGAGAGCCUGGCUAAGAUGGUGGGAGGCCGGUCAGAAGACAUCAUCUUUACCUCAGGAGGCACGGAGGCAAACAACAUGGUGAUCCACACUGCCCAUAGGCACUUCUAUGAAAGCCAGAGCAGGCCAGGGGAUAGCCAGAAGAUGCCACACAUCGUGACAUCCAGUGUGGAGCAUGACUCUGUCCGCCUUCUGCUGGAGCAACUGGUGAAGGAGAGCCUGGCAGAGCUUGUUUCUUGCUUUGUAGAAGCCACCUUUGUAGCUGUGUCCCCACAAAGCGGGCGCGCUGAAGUGGAUGAUGUCCUUGCUGCCAUUCGGCCAGCCACCUGCCUAGUUUCCAUCAUGUUGGCUAAUAAUGAGACGGGGGUCAUUAUGCCUGUCAUGGAGCUGAGUCAGCGCAUCCGUGCCCUCAAUGUGCAGAGGGUGGCAGAGGGGCUGCCCAGGAUCCUGGUACAUACAGAUGCAGCACAGAUGAUUGGCAAGGGGCAAGUGGAUGUCCAGGAGCUGGGGGUAGACUACCUCACCAUCGUGGGACACAAGUUCUAUGGCCCACGGAUUGGUGCACUGUACGUGCGUGGCCCUGGCACCACAACCCCGCUGCACCCCAUGCUCUUUGGAGGAGGACAGGAGAGGAGUUUCCGGCCAGGCACUGAGAACACCGCGAUGAUUGCUGGCCUUGGCCAGGCUGCAGAGUUAGUGAGCAAGAACUGGGAGGCCUAUGAGGCUCAUAUGCGGGAUAUUCGGGAUUACCUGGAGGCCAGGCUGGAGGCCUCCUUUGGGAAGCAGAGGAUCCACCUCAACAGUCACUUUGCAGGCUCCAAGCGACUCUGUAACACCUCUAAUUUCUCCAUCUUGGGCCCAGGCCUUCAAGGGCGAAGGGUGCUGUCCCACUGCAGAACACUUCUUGCCAGCGUUGGGGCUGCCUGCCACUCUGAGAAAGGGGAUCGGCCCUCCUCGAUUCUGCUCAGCUGUGGGAUCCCCUAUGAUGUGGCGCAGAAUGCCUUGAGGCUGAGCGUGGGGCGAGACACCACCCGGGCAGAUGUGGACCUGGUUGUGCAGGACCUCAGCCAGGCUGUGGCACAGCUGGACCAUAAUCAAGCUUCAUAGACCCUCAGGAAUUGCUUCCCAGCCAUCACCCAGAUCCUUGGGAUGGGAUUGGGUUCUGCUUCACCCCUGGGUGCUGGCUGUCUGUGUCAGUUUGGGCUCAGGUUUUGGCAGGAUUCAUUUUGUGCCUGAUCCCUAAGUCCCUGUUCUGCAGUUUGUGAUCAUGGAUUGGGCACUGGGGCAGUGGUGGUUGGUGGUGACAUGAGAAGGAGGCAGGAUCAUACAUUUCAGCAGCAACGUGCUCUUAGUUCUGUUCAGCCAGCUUGCGCUCCUGGGGAUCCCAGUGGGACUGGCACACAGCUCUGCAAUUUGUGUGGCUCAAGCAGAGACGGUAGCACAGGGGCUGGAGGCAAGAGGGAGCUGUACUCAGGAGGAGGCUUUGCUGCUUUUGGGCUGGGGCAGCUCCUCAAGAGCUUGCUGAGGGAGGACUCUCUGAUUCCCACUGCAUAGUGCUGGCAUUCUGGGAGGCUUGUUGUCAGGUGCAACCUGCUUAGCAGCACCUACCCAUCUGUGUGCAUGCCUGCAUAUUGGCAUGAUCAAGUCUUGGUGCUCAACUUUCUCCAGAGCAAAACAGUGGAGCCUUUUUCCCUGGUUGUUUUCUACCAAGGAAGCUUCCCUGCUGUCUUACCCCUCAGAGGGAAGACCAUCUGCCCAAGAGGAAGACAAGGAGCUGAUAGAAGCACAGCAAUAUUCCAGACGGGGAACUGCUCUGUCCAUGCCAGGGCCCUGAGCUGCAUUGCACUACCUGUUCUUCCUCCUGUCCUUACAGUGGCCAAGGCUCCUGUUGCCAGCUCCAUGUGCUCCUAAAGGAAACAGAAUUGUUGGGGCAGCCCUGUGUGCCAACACUUGAGGAAACAUGUCAUCCCUACAUGGUCCAGGCAGUCACUCUCAUCGAUGAUGCUGGAGGAUACAACCGUCUCAUUGAUCAGCAGCAUCAGUGGCUGGGCUGAUGUUGUGGAACCUGGUCUCUCCGGGUAUUCAUAGGAAUAAAAGUGACUGCUGCUUCUGUGUA